GUCGCGGCGGGCCAUGGCGGGCAGCCCCGCAGGUGCCGAGCUGCCGCGCGAGGCGCCGGCCGAGGAGGCCGAGCCGCCGGGCGCCGCGUGGAGCGGGGACAGCGGCACGGUGUCCCAGAGCCACAGCAGCGCCUCGGGGCCGUGGGAGGACGAGGCUGGCGAGGACCUGCCGCUGCUGCGGCGCGCCGCGGCGAGCUGCGCCGCCUGCCUGCUGCCCGGCGCCGGGACGCGGCCCGAGGUGGAGGCCCUGGACGCCGGCCUCGAAGACCUGCUCUCCAGGGUGGACGAGUUCGCGGGCAUGCUGGACAUGAUCCGCGGCGACUCGUCGCACGUGGUGAGCGAGGGCGUGCCGCGCAUCCACGCCAGGGCCGCGGAGAUGCGGCGCGUCUACGGCAGGAUCGACAAACUCGAGGCCUUCGUGAGGAUGGUGGGCCGCAGCGUGGCCCGGAUGGAGGAGCACGUGGCCAAGGCGGAGGCCGACCUGGGCGCCUUCCCCAAGGCCUUCACGAAGCUCCUGCACGCCAUGCACGUGCCCGCCCUCUUUAACCGGGCGUCCCCCGCCCGGCCUCAGCACGCGGCCUUUGAGCCACCCGCCCUGUUUCGGACCGAAGACCACUUCCCGUGUUGCAACGACAGACCCCAACUCUGAGUCAAACUGCACGAGAACCCCAAAGAAGAGCCUGAAGCAUUAGCUGAAGAUCGUAUUACUUCCUAUAUGAUGUUGCGGAAUGGAAUUUUAAAGUUCAUUUUCUGCAGACCAUUUCGCUUCCUUGAUCCUGAUACAAAGUGCGGUCUUCCAAUUCUAACUUGAAGGCUGCUGGGUGGGGGAUGGGAAGCCACAUGAAUGAACUUGUCCUCUACAAUAGCGCUGUUCUUUGUGGAUUUUCCUACUCAACUAACAGUGUUAUCUUUUCAAGAUUUAUAUAUUUAUUACUGUGAGAAAAAUUACCAAGCCAUUAAAGCCUUAUUAAUCAUAA